AUGUAAGAGGAAUGGUUAACAAAAUAAAUUGAUAAAUACAUUAUUGUGAAUAAGAAGUUGGGGAGCGGCACUUUUUGCACUGUGUUUAGAGGAUUUUAAAAAGAUGAUGAAACAAAGCAAGUUGCUGCUAAGAUGAUACCAAUUGAUGUAUGAAAAUAAGAAUAUGGAUUGUAGACUAUCAAAGACUCAGCGAAGACGGUGGAAUACAUAAAAAGAGAGAUCUCCAUUUUGUAAUCCGCAAAUAAUCCUCAUAUUGUUAAAUUGUAUGAUGUUACCAGAACACCUCAUAAUUUGUAUCUAUUUUUGGAAUAUUGUUAUGAUGGCGAUUUGAAGAAAUACUUAUCAACAAAAUACUGCAGGAGAUUAAGUGAAGUACAACAAUUUUAUAUAUAUAUUUUAAUUUCAUAGUUUGAGGCAGCCAUCUUUUUGAAACACCUGGUAGAAGGAUUCCGAACCCUGCAUUAACUCAAAAUAAUUCACCGAAACAUCAAACCAGCUAAUAUCUUGUUGCAUUAAGGAGUAGCUAAAAUUACUGAUUUUGGUUUUGCUAGAGUCAUUGACACUGAAAUGAAUGGUACAAUCAAUAGUUAAAUCAAAUAGACCCUGCCUAUUAUUCGAGAGUAGGAUCUCCCUUUUACAUGGCCCCUUAGUUAUUGGAGGGACAACCGUUUUCCUCUAAAUGCGAUGUAUGGUCAAUGGGAGUGUUGCUAUUUGAAAUGCUCUACGGAAAGCUCCCUUGGGAGGGAGACGAUCAAUACAAAAUGCUUUAGAAUAUCAAGAAAAAUACAUUAGUUUUCCCUGAUGCUCCUGUGCGAAGUGAUAAAAUCAAGCAACUAUUAAAGCAUAUGUUAGUAGUUUAAGAGAAUGUAAGGAUAUAGGAAGUUACAAUUUUUAGGAGAGAUAUUCAUGGGAAUAAAUUUUCAAUCAUGAAAUCAUACAGAUCUAGGAGGUUCAAAUAAGAAAGAAUCUGAAUUAAUUGAUGAAGGAGAAGGAUGAAUUGGCAAGUUCAGAGAGUCUCAAUAAAUUAUACUUAGAAACGAAUCUAGUUGUCGGUUAUUUAGACUAGCCUGAAUAGAUUCCUUAAGAAGCACAAACUCCUCAAUUAACUCUAAGUAAUGACAAGAAAUAAUCCAUUGAUGAUAUCAACGAUGAAAAAGUAUCUCAUUUAUUUAUUCCUUUUAAAGCUAUUGAAAAUUAUUAAUUAAUAUGAGACUGAAUAAAAACUUAGAAAGGCCAUGUUGAAAUACAACACAUUCUUUUUGUUUGAAAGAAACAUUGCUUUCUUCUUCAAUUAUGUGAUCCAAAAAAUAAUCAAAAUGUAACAUUAAGGAAUGCUUAAGUUAACUCAAGAAUUAUAUUAUUCUACCAUCUUCUGUCUUUCAAAAAAUCAAAAUGUACACCUAAAAAGAAUGCUUGACCAAUUAAUGUCCACCAAUCCUGAUAAAUUUGACAGAGAAACUUGGGGUAGGUACUUGAUAAGUUAGGAAUAUCAGACAAUAUUAACUGUUAUCAAGAAUGACAUCUAACAUACUGAAGAUUUCUAUUUGGAAAUUUAUAAGAAGGAAUAACAAAUCAUUGACAAAGAAAUUUCUCAACCUGAUAACAAAAGGGCUUCAGAAGUAAAAUAAGUCUUAGAUGUAAACUUCGAUUAUAACACUUUCUUCUAAUAACUGUAUCAACAAGUUAUACAAGAAUGCUUAGAAAUUAUUAAAACCUCUAUUAAAUAAACCAAGGAUUCGGAUCCUAUAUAUAAAGAUUUACUUUUGUUAGGAUGGUUUUUUGUAAUUUGCUUGGAUCCAUAUUUAGAAUUUAAAGAUAUAAAUAUGGAUUUUAAUUAAUUUUAUGAAGAAAUGCAAAUGUUAACAGAAGCAUAAUUAUUGGAAAAGAUUAGUAAGCGCUUAGAUUUAUGA